AUGUCUUGUUCUGGAGAAGUCACGACGAGAGCGCGGACGAAAAAGCGCGACACAGCGGAAGAGAGAGAUUCUUUCGUGUCGUCGUUGUGGGAGUUGAUCGUGAAGUGCGACGAUGUGAGUUUCCAACACAUUCUUCCGAGAUUGAAUGGAACCGAUCUUAAAUUCUUGUACGGAGUGAAUAGUGAAACGAGAAAGUUGAUUAAGAGAUCAACUCGCGCGGGGGAUUUGAAGAAGAGUUUCGAAGUCCAAGAGAUUUCGUCGAUAUCGACUUUGGAAGUAGCGUGGGAGCAUUAUCCGUGGGGUACGUUGAGUGACAAGCGAGGCAUAAAGAUGGACGAAACAUAUUUCUGCUCUCGAGUUGCUGAAACGAAUAAACUCGAGUUGCUCAAGUGGGCGCGAGAAGAGAAAAAGUGUAAGUGGAAUGUAGCGACGAUUAAUAUGGCCGCAAAACAAGACAAUAUGGAAAUGCUAAAGUAUUGUGUUGCAAAUGAGUGUCCUAUCGAUGAGUGGGCGUGUGCAUAUGCUGCCGAAAACGGUCGUCUCGAGGUACUCAAAUACUUACGCGAAAAAGUCAAAGCGCCUUGGGAUUUUCGUACUGCCGCUUUUGCGGCUUAUGAUGGUCACCUCCACAUACUCGAAUAUCUUGUUGAGCGUAAGUAUGAUAAAUAUAACGAAGCUGCGUGUGUAUGGGCAGCAGAGUCCGGCCACUUAGACUGUUUGAAGUACUUGCACGAAACCGCCAAAGCGCCUUGGAACGAGGGCGCCCUAGAAGGAGCGCACGAGAACAACCACCCCGACUGUGUACAAUACCUCCUCGACACCAACUGUCCUCUCCCACCCGGUUGGCGAUACGAAGGCGGAACGUUAUACGACGAGUUCUACGACUCGGAAGAAGAAGAAGAAGAAUAG